GUGUCAUCUGUUUUUCCCUUUCCUUCAAAAUAAAGAGAAAAUAUCUACUAUGACUCGAUGAGAUUAUCUACUACAACAUUUUCAGGUUAAUUUAUGAUACAAACAACCACCGUAAACCCACCUACUAAUCCGUUUUCACAAUCGAUUUUGACUUUUCUUACUUCACUCCAUACAUCUGCAAUUCGAAGUUUUUUAAUUUCUCGAUUUCUCUCUCUGUAACGACGAUCUCUUGAAAGGGAUUUCAUAUAUUUAUGACAAUUUGAUGUCAUUUGGAAAGAAAAUUUAAGGGGUAGUGGAGCCACAAGAGCUGCGCUGUGAUCAAAUACUUCUCAUGCUCUCUUUUUUAGUUUAGCUGAUAUUAGAGCAAAUUUCAGUACUCACAAAUGGCAGCUAAGCCGGAGAACAAUUCGAUUCCAAAUCCCACAGCUUCUUCUCAGUCUAACAAUAAAGUUCAUUCAUCGGAUGAUUCUGAGGCCGAUCCAAACUCUUACUUGCUUGAGAAAUUCAAGCUGUAUGAAACUCGAGCGAGGUUCUAUCUAAUGGGGAGUGAUCGUAAUAAGAGAUUCUUCCGAGUAUUAAAAAUCGAUCGAUGUGAGCCAUCAGAGUUGAACAUUAGUGAAGAUCCAGUGGUGUAUUCACCACAGGAGGUGAAGAGCUUGCUGCAGCGAAUUGCUGAGGGGAAUCGUGCUACCGGAGGCUUAAACUUUGUCGCCAAGGUGUAUGGCAUAGCAGGUUGUAUUAAGUUUUUGGAGUCCUAUUAUUUGAUUUUGGUCACUAAGCGCCGGCAAAUUGGGUCUAUAUGUGGGCAUGCUAUUUAUGCUAUUGAUGAAAGCCAGAUGAUCACGAUCCCUCAUGCAUCUGUUCAGAGUGAUGUUGCAUACUUUAAGACCGAGUUGAGGUACAAGAAGCUUCUAUCUAGUGUCGACUUGACAAAGGAUUUCUUUUACAGCUAUACGUAUCCUAUAAUGCAAAGCUUGCAAAAGAAUGUGCAGUCCAGGGAUCCAGUUGGAAUUCAUUAUGACAGCAGAUUUGUGUGGAAUUCAUACCUUACUGAAGCUGUUCGUACCAGAUGCAAAAAUAAUAUCUGGACUGUUGCGUUGGUUCAUGGGCAUUUUAAGCAAACGAGGAUGUCAAUUUUUGGACGUGAUUUUAGUGUUGCUCUGGUGGCUAGAAGAUCUCGUCAUUUUGCAGGAACCAGGUACUUAAAAAGGGGAGUAAAUGAUAGAGGAAGGGUAGCAAAUGAUGUUGAAACAGAGCAACUUGUGCUCGAUGAAGAUGCUGGAUCUUGCAAGGGGAAAAUGAGUUCUGUUGUGCAGAUGCGGGGUUCAAUUCCUCUUUUCUGGUCUCAAGAGGCUUCAAGAUUCAGUCCAAAGCCAGACAUCAUUUUGCAGAGAUAUGAUCCUACUUAUGAGGCGACCAGACUGCAUUUUGAAGAUCUUGUUGAGAGAUAUGGCAACCCAAUAAUUGUGCUUAAUCUAAUAAAGACUGUUGAGAAAAGGCCCAGAGAAAUGAUGCUUCGACGUGAGUUUGCUAAUGCAGUUACGUAUCUAAAUGAGAUUUUUUCUGAAGAAAAGCAUCUUACUUUUAUUCACUGGGACUUCCAUAAAUUUGCAAAAACGAAGACUGCCAAUGUGUUGGGAGUUCUAGCUGGUGUAGCAAGUCAAGCACUUAAUAGGACUGGGUUUUAUUACAGUGGAAAACAACCUGUUGUGAAAAAGAGAGCUAUGCAGUUAAGCAGAACAAACACUGUAAGCUCCAGGGAUGCUUCUUUGAUUGAUCUUAGAGCAAAUUCAGGAACUCUUGCAAGAAGUGCGAGCAACAACGAAUUGCUUAAGCUUAGCUCUUCCUUAAAUAGAGAGCGAGACUCUGAUGCUGGAAAGCAUAUCAGGAAAUACUUUCAUAACGGUGAUGAACCACGUUUUCAGAAUGGAGCUCUGCGGACAAACUGCAUUGACUGUUUAGACCGCACAAAUGUAGCCCAAUAUGCUUAUGGCUUAGAAGCAUUGGGUCGUCAGCUUCAGGCAAUGCGAAUGUCUUUUGAGCCUAAAGUGGAUCCUGAUAGUAGCAUUGCUACAGCGCUCAUGGACAUGUACUGGAGUAUGGGUGAUGCUCUUGCACAGCAAUAUGGUGGUUCCGCAGCUCACAAUACUGUAUUUCCAGAUAAGCAGGGGAAAUGGAAAGCUACAACUCAAUCACGGGAGUUUCUCAAGUCUAUUAAGAGAUAUUACAGCAAUGCUUAUACCGAUGGAGAAAAGCAGGAUGCAAUAAAUUUAUUCUUGGGUUACUUCAGACCGAAAGAAGGAAAACCUGCUCUGUGGGAGCUGGAUUCUGAUUAUUAUCUUCAUGUUGUUGGAGUUGGAGAUGAUGCUAGCAGUCUUUCAACUGAUGCCAUGUCUUUUGGAGUAAAAGCUUCCCUGGAACCCGUGCCUGCUUGUAGAGAAGACUUCUCAAGGAUCAAAUUGACUUCUUUUGAUAAACUCAUUGAGAGGACGUGCAGCAUGAUAAAAGAUGUGAGGCUCUGCUGUGAACCAGGUCAAAGGAUUGCAGGCAUUGCAGGAACUUCUGGAGUGGCACCUGAUGCAAUUGAGAUACAACUCAAGAGCCCGAACUGGCUUUUUGGCCUGAGGAAAGACGAACAAAUUGGUUCUUCCCCAAAGGUGGUCCCAGGCACAGAUACAAAUGAUGCCUCACAAGAUGCCAGCUUGUCUAAUGGUUUCUCUGACCUCAAUUGGCUUUCUGAAGUUGAUGAUUGCAAUGAUGAGGAUAUCUUCAAAAGGUAUCUUGCUAUGUCAUCGGUGGAUGAAGCCAACGGAUGGUGUGGUGGAACUUUGCUUGGUGAUCUUGAUGAAAAUAGUGAAAUAUACAAGCAUUACGCCCAGCUCUGUGAGGGUCCUGCCAUGGAACCCUUCGAAAAUGAUCUGGAGAGAGAGCAGCAUUAUGCUGAUGUCAUGCAUGGAACCAAGAUCGAGAAUGUCGAUGAUGCUGCCAUUGAAGCUGAGAUGGAAGCCGCUUUAAGGGAGUACGAUCAAGUUGCUGCUGAUCUUGGCAUUUCUGCUAUGUGUAGAUCUCUGGCUGGAGACCCUAGCCAGUUAACAAGAUGGAUUAUUGGAGAGGAAAAAUUGUACAGAAUUUGAAGAUUGAAGUGGGCUUCAUUUUUUGCAGAUGACUGUUUUUUUGAUUCAUAUUUCACUUCUUGUAAAUAUCAUUUUUUUGGGUGUUAGGUUAGCUUUUGAAAGUUUUUAUCUCCUUUAAUUGAUAUUAUGCUUGUAUGUAAUAACAGAGUUGGAAUAUUGUAAUUUCAAAUGAAAUUGGCCAACAUAUUAGCCGAGUUGAUUUUUCUAAUCUA